CUUCUCCAUACUUGGUCCUUUGUUGAACUUAAAGAGAGAUUGUCGAACAAAAAAAAAAAAAAAAAAACUUGCAGACUAGCCAGUUACAGAUAUGUCUCGAGUUCUUUUAGGCUGUUAAUAGUGUUUGGUGUUCGUUUUCCUGGGAAAGUUGAGAGUUCUUAUAAGCUCGCCUCAGAGCUUGAUUUCCUAGCUAGGGUCUCGCUUUACCUUGUUCUUUGUAACGGUCGCUUUCUGUGGAAUUUGUUCUCUUUCUUUUUAACUAUACUUUUUUCAGUGUUUCUUUUCAUCGGCAAAGGAAGAUGGAGGAACAUAAUCGGUUUCUCAAUCAGAUUCCUAAGCAAGAAAAAUGGAGCGGUAACCAAAAGGCAUCAGAGGACAAAAAGCUGGAGCUGAGACUUGGUCCCCCAGGAGAAUCCUUUAGUAUCAAGAAUAUUACCACCACAAAUGGAAUCAAAAGACUUCUUGAUUCAGACAGAUUGGAAGAUAGAAACUGGUUCAGAAAUACUCAUGAAAAGCAAUGCAAAAAGCUCUCAUCAGGCUAUGAAGGAUCUGGUGAAAAGGUAUUCUCUUCGUCAUGGUCACCAUCAAGCUGCUCUAUAUCUUCAGCUUUCCAAAGGGAGACUCAGAGGGAGAUAACGCAGACCAAGCCUUCUUAUCUUCGAUGCUCUACAGUGGCAGAGUCACAGUGCCCAGCAGAUAAGAAGCCAGAAUCUGGUCCUGCUAGUGCUUCAUUUCCUGCUGCCACAUCUGGGACCCGUGGCCCUCAUGAUAAAAGAGUUGCACCUGCGCCGGUCGUCGGGUGGCCUCCGAUUCGGUCAUUCAGGAAAAAUCUAGCUAGUAGCAGCAACUCAAAGCAGACGGAUGCUGAUUUACCGAACAAAACUCCAACAGAAGGGUGCAAGCUAAAGCCAGAAAGUUUCAGGAAUGAUUUAUAUGUAAAGAUCAACAUGGAAGGAGUCCCCAUUGGGAGAAAAAUAAAUCUCAAUGCUUACGACAGCUAUGAGAAACUCUCCGUUGCCAUUGAUGAGCUAUUCAGGGGUCUGCUUGCAGCUCAAAGGGAAAAUUCUACUGCUAGGAAUGGAAACAAGAUUAACGAAGCAAAAGCAAAUUCAGGUUCAUCAGGAACUAGAAGUGGGGAAUAUACUCUAGUUUAUGAGGACAGUGAAGGCGACAGGAUACUUGUUGGUGAUGUCCCUUGGCACAUGUUUGUAUCAACAGCGAAGAGGCUGCGCGUGCUGAAAAGCUAUGAGCUUUCGACAGAACAACUUUCAGUUGGGAGCGGAGAGAAAGAAAAGACACCACUUAGCUCCUUAGUGGAAAUUGGAAGAUUAUAUUAAGCUUUUUGAGUAAUGGAGAAUAAAGUCAUGGCAUACAGCGUCGUCCGUGGCCUACCUUUUUAUGUAAAAUUUGCCUUUUUCUUUUUCAAUUUUCCUGAUGCUGAAGAGGAAAAUGCAAGAAAAAAAAAACGAACUUAUUGAUUUGUUUUGUCUAUGCUUUUACAUAAGGUGGAUGUCUACAUCUCCUUCAACUCUUUUUCAAAGUUUCAAUUAGACGAUCUGUAAUAUAAGUUUGAAGCAUGAUUUGUACA